AUGAAUUAUGGACAACAUUUUCAAGCAGCUAAAGGAAUAUUUUUGGAAUAUCUAGAUGACACUACAAUCCAUGGUUUGAAAUAUAUGGGUGAUAAGAAAAGACCGGUUGUGGAGAGAAUUGUUUGGGUAUGUGCUCUUGUUUUAUCAAUUUUAAUAUGCUGCUAUCUCAUUACCAAUAUCUGGGAUAAACGCUACAACACACCGGUUAUUGUUCACUUUGAUGAAAAAUUAACAUCCGUUUGGGAAAUUCCAUUUCCUUCGGUGACUAUUUGUCCAGAAACUAAAACUCAUGUGAAUAUAUUUAAUUACACGGAUAUAUAUUGGAAAUUAAAUUGGAAUAAUAAUACAAAAAUGAAAUAUUACUGGGAGGCAAUAUCACAAACAUGUUUGUAUAGAAAAUUGGACUAUGGAAAAUUAUUUGCAAAUGUAUCACAAUUAAUUAGUGCUAUUGAUGACACAGCUCCAGGAUUACGAGAAACUCUGUAUUCGUGUACAUGGAGGCAAACGCGUAUUGUUUGUGAUAAAUAUUAUAAAACAUUAACCGAGGAAGGAUUGUGUUUUACUUUCAAUGGUUUAAAUCCUAAGGAUAUUUAUCGACCUGAAGCCUUGGUUGAUGGUGUUUUUUCGGAAAAUAACUAUAACCCAAACAUUGAAUGGAAUCUAGAAAACGGCUAUAAUUCAGAAGCAGGUCAAAAUACAUUUCCAUUUCGUGUGCUAGGAUCUGGCAACAAAGAAAGUCUUUUUCUGUGGUUAUCUGAUAAGAAGGUUGACGAUGAUUUAUUAUGUCGAGGUCCUGUCCAAGGAUUCAAAGUUAUUCUUCAUACUCCGGGGGAGUUGCCACAAGUUUCAAAAACAUUUUUGAACAUUCCAUUUGAUCAAGCUGUUUCGGUAUCAAUAAAACCAAAAAUUAUGAGAACCUCCGAAGGACUACGACAUUAUGAUCCAGAAAUGCGAAAGUGCUUCUAUCAAAAUGAACGAUAUUUAAGGUACUUUAAACACUAUACCCAGGCUAACUGUGAACAUGAAUGCCUGUCGAAUCAUACACGUAAACAAUGUGGUUGUGUUAAGUUUUCAAUGCCAAGAAAUUCUACUGACGUUGUUUGUGGAGCCAAGAGUAUUAAAUGUCUUUUAAGAGUAGAAAGAGGACUUCUUGUGAAAAAUUUCGAAGAAGGAUCGCAUGCAUUUCAACAAAGUGAAAACUCAAAGAAUUGUAAUUGUUUGCCAUCUUGCAUAAGCAUUCAAUACAAAGCCGAGAUGGAACAUCAGACUGCCUUUGAUUAUGCACAUUUUAUAAGAGCUCUUAGUACAGAAUCCAUGCAAAGGGCUUCGUCAGUGGAUCCAGGCAUCCGAUCAGCGAGGCUGACAAUAUAUUUUAAGGAAGCUGUCUUCAAUGCUCUGAGACGUUCUGAAUUAUAUAACACAACACAGUUUAUAGCAAACUGUGGGGGAUUAUUGGGUCUUUUUAUGGGUGUGUCGAUUUUGAGUUUGGUGGAAUUGGUCUACUUUUUUACCAUCAGACUUUGGGUUAAUUUAAGAAUGAGGAGAAAAACUAAACGUGAUAAUUUUGAAUUUGUUGAGAAAUAGAUGUA